AUGGGAAAGCCGUCGUCAACUCGUCUCUCUAGAGAUUCAGAUCAUUCCACAAAUCAGAAAAAAAUCAGUGUAAUGAGUGUACAAAAGUUUGGAAUGAAGAAAAAGAAACAUAAAAAGAAAACGCUGACCAAUGUCAUUAAACUUGUUGAUCAGUUAAAAGACGAAAAUUUGUCUGCAAACACAUCCAUUACCUCGACAAGUUCAGGAUACACGGUGAUAGAUUUAGAUGCUUCCACAAAUCAACCUACAAUAAGUAAAAAUGAUAGUGCAGAGAAUGAUCAAGACCUUAUUGUCAUAUGUGACGAUGAUGAUGUGUUGGAUUCCAAAGAGAAAGGAAAACUACUUAAAUUAAUUACCGAAACUAUAUUUAAUGGGUGUAAUGUUAACAACAGCUCCAGUAAAAUUAGUCUUGGCCUCAAGACUAAUAGGGGAACAGAGACUGUAGAAGAUACAUAUAUCAAAGAAGUUAUUCUUGGUCAAACCAAUUCAAGGAACAGUAUAGGAAGUAACAUAUACAAUCCAGAAAAAGACAUGAAAAACCGAACUGGCCUUAGAAUGGUUGUUAUUGAUGGCAGCAAUGUAGCUAUGCAGCAUACCAUGGGUAAAGUAUUUUCUGUCAAAGGUCUAAAAAUAUGCAUAGAUUAUUUCGUAAGGCGAGGGCAUGUAGUCAAGGCUUUUGUUCCAAGGUUUAGGUGUAAAUUUGGAAAAAGCACAGAGCCAAGGCUGUUGGACAGUUUGGAACGGCAAGGACUUGUGGUGUACACUCCAUCCCGUGAGAUUCAGGGCAAAAUGAUAACAUCAUAUGAUGAUAGGUACAUAGUGCAAUGUGCGGCAGAGUUCGAUGGCGUGAUCGUUUCGGGCGAUAAUUACAGGGACUUGAUGCUGGAGAACCCUAGGUGGCGGUCGGUCAUUGAGAACCGCCUGCUGCAGUUCACGUGGGUCGGGGACAUGAUAAUGUUCCCCAGGGACCCCUUGGGCCGCAACGGGCCCACACUCGAACAGUUCUUACGGCAUUCA